AUUAUUUUGAUUGUUGGCGGAUUCUUCAAAUUUCAAUUAGUUGGCUGUUUAUGUGAAAUGGCAAAGUCGUGAAUUAGAAGCGGUGUAAAGGUUGUUUACAUGUACAAACAAAUAAGACAGGAUAAACAGAAGCCAGCCUUGGAAAAGGUAGUUCUUGUGUGUUGUGAGCGCGUCUUCUGCGAGAAACCUGCUGCCUGUCACUGGCGCGCGGCGCACUGCGAUGUCAGUAGCAAAUCUUGUGCAGGAAUGAAGCAGGAUGGAAGAGUCUCUAGAGAAUGAUGAGCCCGAGCCAACGGAGUCUGUGUGCGCGGGUUGUAUGAACGUCGUCUUCGAUGACGAGUUCGUUUCCGCCCUGGGACAGGAAUGGCACAUGGACUGUUUCCGGUGCACAGCGUGCGAUGCCUCCCUGUCCAACUGGUACUUUGAGAAGGAUGGCCUCUUGUUCUGUAAGAACGACUACUGGUCCAGAUACGGGGAGUCUUGCCAGCAAUGCAAUGAAAUCAUAACUGGUCCUGUGAUGGUAGCUGGAGAACACAAGUUCCAUCCAGAAUGCUUCUGCUGCGGCCUCUGCGGCAUCUUCAUCGGGGACGGCGAUUCCUAUGCCCUGGUUGAACGUUCCAAGCUUUAUUGCGGGCAAUGCUACAAAAAGCAGAUGCAACCUCUUCAGCGCACCACUAAAUGUCCUUUUAUCACGAAACCGCAUUCCAUUAGGCUCGUUGAGGUGCCCAGCGGCCAAAAAGGAAUCAAGUUGUCCGCCGAUCCUAUUGGCACCGCUCAUCAUCUCACCAUUUCCCAACUGAUGUGGCGACUCCACGGGAAAUUCAUCGGUCUGGCGUUAACUUUUCUAACAUCGGCUUGCAAUUUCUGCUGCUAUCUAACACCUUAUAAAUCUUAUAGGUUGGACGUUAAUAAUGAUCUGAUGUCGUUGCACAUCGGAGAUAGGAUAUUAGAAAUAAAUGGUACGCCUGUGAACGAUACACCAUUGGAGAGUGUUGAGAAUCUCUUGAGAUAUUCAGAGACUGUGAUUCAGUUGACAAUAGAGCAUGACCCAGAAGCGAUUUCGCGCAGCAGGAAACCCCAAUUCUCCGCGCUCAGCAUAAACUCGACCCCACUGACGACCACUUCCAGUGAUACAAACAUUCCGACCGUGAAGAGUCCGAGUGUCUUCGAGAAAACUGCCUCAACGGAUUCCAUAUUACUCAGCGAUGCUCAGAAGAAGAUCGAGGAAGUUGUUCCAAGUGUAGUGACGAUUAGCAAUAAUUCUUUAAAUAAAAUAAACAAGACGGAAAAGGCUGAAAGGUUGUUCAAACGACGGGAUGAGGGCUACAUGAGUGGAACCCGUUCCAGGCAGUUGAAAAGGAAGAACAAUUUAGAGAGCAAACCUUUUUUGGAUAAAGAACGAAGCUCCUCGAUGAGCCGCCUUUUAGAUGAAGUGCCAAAUACGAAAAGACUCACGGAGCUGUCGAGAGCUUAUUCUUUCUUGGAACCAAGACCGCAACAACGAGUGUUCCGGGCUUCUGACCUCGUGAAGGGCGAGCUUCUUGGACAGGGUUUCUUCGGGCAAGUCUUCAAGGUGACCACCAAGGAUACUGCUGAAGUGAUGGUGCUCAAGGAGCUCUACAGAGUGGACGAGGAGGCGCAGAAGAAUUUUCUCAAGGAAGUGGCGGUGCUCAGGAACUUGCACCACAACAAUGUGCUGCGGUUCAUAGGUGUUCUUUACAAGGAGAGAAGGCUGCAUUUGGUCACAGAGUACAUAGCUGGUGGUACUCUCACCGAGCUAUUGCACGAUUCUACGCAACAGUUGCCUUGGAGACAACGAGUAUCCUUCGCUAAAGACAUUGCCGCUGGUAUGGCCUAUUUGCAUUCCAUGAAUAUUAUACACAGAGAUCUGAAUUCUCACAACUGCUUGGUUAGAGAGGAUAAGACUGUGAUAGUAGCGGAUUUCGGAUUGGCAAGGAUCGUUUCGCAAGCCACCAACAGUGUACGACGUUCGCCGAAAGGUUCAUGCGGGACGGGACCCAAGCGACAGGAGCGCAAGAAACGCUACACAGUUGUAGGAAAUCCGUAUUGGAUGGCGCCGGAGAUGAUGAAGGGCAACAAAUACGAUGAGAAAGUGGACAUCUUCAGCUUUGGAAUUGUUUUAUGCGAGAUCAUCGGCCGCAUUCAAGCUGACCCCGAUUUCAUGCCGAGAUCAAACGAUUUCGGAUUGAACCAGAACGCCUUCAGAGAAAAGUUCUGCAAUAAUUGUCCGGAAACUUUUUUCAGCAUCGCUUGCCUUUGCACAGAUCUCAAUCCAGAUAAAAGGCCACCAUUUGAAGUGACCGAAGUGUGGCUGGAAUCUCUUUCGAUGCAUCUUUUGGUGGGGAAACCGUUGCCCUCGGACUUGCAGUUCGACAUACAGCAUUUCAGCGGAUUGAGUCCCAGCUCCAGCGGAAGCACAACUCCUGAAGGCAUUCCUUCUGGUCACCGGAGUCCCGCGCUCGAACCGAUCACCGAAGGAAAACUGAUCACGCACAAAAUUUUCGAUCCAAAUAUUGCCAAGAGUCGCAGUUCCGAUAACAUAAAGCCCCUCGCCGAAACACUGAAGAAAUCCAAGCCGAAGAUCUGUGUUUCCGUAGGUAAGCUGAGUAAGAGCUGCGAAAACUGUAGCCUGAAGAUAUCGGAGAUUUGCCUUUGCGACGAUGAAUUCAGCACUAAAAGCUGCGAGGAUUUCUACAACGAGAAAAAACGCAAGGAAUUUCCAAACUACGAGAACAUCGACUUUUUGCGCAAUGACAGCGCUUUCGUGGGCAAAGAAAAGAAGCUCAGCAUAAAAGAUUUAGGCGUUAUAAAGAAUGAGCCGAUCGAGAACAAUCUGAAAGAUAAUCUGAGAGUGCCAUCGCGUCGAGUGCCUAAAAAUUUUACCAGAAAUCGUUUGAUCAAGUCGGAAAAUGAGAAGAAACUGGUGGAGGAUUCGUGCGUUAAAGAUAAAAUUAGAUCUAUCGGUAAGCGGAGCACUUUGGAGGUAACGAAACCAGGGAAAGAAACGAAAGUUUCCAAUCUCAGCCUACAGAGUAUUACCAUGAAACGGAACGGAGCCAGGAUUUAUCCGCGAGAAAAUUACCUGAAAAUCCCUGACGUCGUGUCCUCGACUUUACCAGAGAGCGAAUCCAAAGCUCCUGCUAAUCCCUUCAGCAUCAGCAGGAAUAUAUUCAAGCAGAACGACGCCAACAAGAUUGAGACGACGGCUGCCGGCGAGACGGAUAAGAAAGCCGUCGGCGAACAGAAGGAAAUCUCGAAACCUUUGAGCGAUCGUAUAGCUUCGAUUUUCAGCAGCGGUGCCAUAAAGAAACAGACUGAAAGUUCUAAAGAGUUCGGAUUGAAGAAGUCCCCGAAGAAUCUGUAUAUUGCAGGCGAGAAGCGGAGGGCCUUCACACCAAUUCCCGAGAGGAAACAGUACUGCAUGGACGAUCGACCGAAGCAGUCGUUGGUGAGGAACAUCGUGGACACGUUCAACAGGAAGGAGGUCGGAAAGUUCGAUUUCGACCACAGGAACAAGUACGGUAGGGGCUCGUUGAAGGGAGCUUCCAAGUCGGACAGAACCAUUCCAGAAGCGGAAAGCUCUUCGGAUACAAGCGAGUUUACCGUUUUGUAAACGCGUAUUGUUACAUUCCAACACGAUUGGAAAUUAGUAUUAUAUUGGGCUCUAAAAUUGGAAAAAAAUUAUAAUUGAAUGAAUUAUUUUUCAUAAGUAAAUACAAUAUUCGUGAACAGAAAAGUGCAGGACGCAAAUAUUCCAACUAUGUUAGUAAUGACACAAUUAAAUGAUUAUUGUUUUUUUUUUCUCUGUAUAUUUUUAAGUUAAAUAGAAUUGUUUGAU